CAUCCUACCGUACACACUGUGGCAGCAUCCUACCGUACACACUGUGGCAGCAUCCUACCGUACACACUGUGGCAGCAUCCUACCGUACACACUGUGGCAGCAUCCUACCGUACACACUGUGGCAGCAUCCUACCGUACAGCCACCCGCAUAGCCACCCGUACAGCCACCCGUACAGCCACCCGUACAGCCACCCAAACAGCCACCCGUACAGCCACCUGGACAACCACCCGUAUAGCCACCCGUACAGCCACCCGUACAGCCACCCGUACAGCCACCCAAACAGCCACCCGUACAGCCACCCGUACAGCCACCCGUACAGCCACCCGUACAGCCACCCGUACAGCCACCCAAACAGCCACCCGUACAGCCACCCGUACAGCCACCCGUACAGCCACCCAAACAGCCACCCAAACAGCCACCCGUACAGCCACCUGGACAACCACCCGUAUAGCCACCCGUACAGCCACCCGUACAGCCACCCGUACAGCCACCCAAACAGCCACCCGUACAGCCACCUGGACAACCACCCGUAUAGCCACCCGUACAGCCACCCGUACAGCCACCCGUACAGCCACCCAAACAGCCACCCGUACAGCCACCCGUACAGCCACCCGUACAGCCACCCGUACAGCCACCCGUACAGCCACCCGUACAGCCACCCGUACAUCCACCUGGACAACAGAGACGAAGGUCUAUGA